CUCCCGCGGGGCCGCCCGCCAGUCCGCGCCGUCCUCAGGUGCAUUGACCGGGAGCCUCUAGCUUCCCGGACACCCGGCGCUUCCGCCUAUCCAGCCUCCCUUGGCCAAAUUGCUGCGGAGCCCAUCGUCAGGGGGCGCCAAGGAGCCAGGGGGAAAACCGUGAGGCGCUGACAGGAGCCUCCCGGCGGUGCUACCCCCCACCUCCCAUCUCCCUGCGCCCCGCCCCGAGGUUGGGGCUUUGAAGGAUGCAGUCGGAUGGAGAAACAGAAGCAUGGAAAGAUUACAUGGGUAGGAAAGCAUUAACUUUUGAGCUACGUCCAGAAUAGCAUCAUCUUCAUGGGUAUUCCCUACUCCUAGGAUUUCAGAAAACCUUUGAUAACUAAUUGAGAAAAUGCAGAAGAUCUUGCAGACAGAUGAAAUUACCGAUACACAAGCUGUUAGAAAAGGAAAGAGGAAAAGGACAGAGACAAUGGACUCAGAAAAUGCAAAUAGUGACAUGGAUAAAGGACAGAGAGACCCAUAUUCGGGAAAUGCCUUUCUGCCUGGUGAAAGCUCCAGUGAGGAUGAGGAGCCUUUAGCAGAAUUGUCAAAGGAAGAAUUGUGCGCCAAAAUAAAAAGCCUGAAAGAAAAACUAACAAACACCCGGAAAGAGAACGGCCGACUUCGACAGUCUUUGGUCAUGCUUCAAGUGUUACCACAAGCAGUCACCCAGUUUGAAGAAUUGGUUGGUAUGGCUGAGGCUCUGCUUAAGGGUGGAGGAACCAUGUCUACAUCUGCAUCCACCCUCUGGAGAGCAACAAACAACUCCUCGCCAGAUUCAUUUGCCUCAACGUGCAGUAAUUCUAACUCCAGUUCACCAGAUUCCUUAAAGCCUGAAGAAGAGCAUCAGACUGAUGAGAAACAGUUCCAGAUUGAAAAAUGGCAGAUUGCCCGUUGUAACAAGAGCAAGCCUCAGAAGUUUAUUAAUGAUUUAAUGCAAGUACUUUACACAAAUGAAUACAUGGCCACUCACAGCCUGACAGGGGCAAAAUCCUCUACUUCAAGGGACAAAGCCGUAAAACCAGCUAUGAAUCAGAAUGAAGUUCAAGAAAUCAUAGGAGUAACAAAACAAUUAUUUCCCAAUACGGAUGAUGUUUCAAUUAGGAGAAUGAUAGGGCAAAAGCUAAACAACUGUACCAAGAAGCCAAAUGUAAGCAAAAAUCUUAACUCUCAGGAUAUUAAAUAGAUCCUUUUGGUAUUACAGGUAUCUGAAACAAAGCACCUUCAGUUCUAAAUCUAGCACUGGAUUUUGUUGGAGAAUCUGCAGCCUUCCUGGCAGUGAGCAAGGACAGACAUGUGCAGUGACAGGCUGUAAGACAUAUGUAACACUGCUGAGCUCUCCUAAGGGACCAACAAGCUUGCUGAAGAAGCUGCAUGUAGAUUCCACCCUCAGUACUAGUGAUGCAUCAAACCAGAGAAUUUCUGCCAGUCAAAUAAGCAUGCAAUAUGGUUUCUUUGGAAAUAAGCAUUUCCCAAUCCCCAAACACCCCUCUGUACAGUUAAUUUAACAGGAUAGUCAGAGCUCUUAUCAUAUAGCAGUCAAAACUUCAGCCCAUAAGAUUAGUCAUUGUCCUAACCAAUCAUUGUACAUUGAUUAUUACCAAUGACUUCCCAUUAUAGUUUUUGGAUCUUUAGCAUAAGCACAUGUUUGCAAAAGUAAACAGUGAAAUAAUUAAUGCUGGCAAAUAUGGGAACAACAAAGUCACCCCAAAAUCUGAUAAUCAUGUCUAACCAAGUAAUAAUGUUUUAGCAAUAAAAUUACAGGAUUAUUCUGUUAUCUAAAAAUGUAUAAAAUAGGAAUAUGAAAAAAAUGACAACAGCAAGAUGUUUUAUUUUAAUAUUAAACAAUUCCACCACACUUCUGAAGAAUAAACCUAAGUUUUUGUGAUUGUUAAAACAAUGUAUCAAUUUUCAGGGAAAUCUUUUUGUUUAUCUACCAGACAUGUUCUAACUUUGUAUUGCCCAAAGUAUAUUAAAUACAGAUGUGUAAUAUAAAGCAUCAAUAUCACCUAAAACAUCCUAUAUAAGAUAUAACCUGAUAGAUAGUUGGUCGAUUACAUUGCUAUACUGCUUAGUUUUAACUGGUUUAUUUUUAUUGUAGCAGAAGAGAAAUGACCUGAAAAAAAAGUAUGAGUUUGAUAAUCACACACAUGAAAGUACCAUUUUGUAACUCAACAAAAGAUAAAACAUACUGCAUCAAAAGGCUUCUCGCUUGGUGUCAGGUUGUCACAUGUGACCACUCUGCAAUGCGAAGCCAUACUUCUUCAGUGCACAAAGUCAUGUUUAAACUUGGAAAAGAGGAUGCUACAAUAGUUUCAAAGUUCAGUGUUGUGGACCCAGGAAACUUUCCGUAAGUCUUGCUUGAUAACAAUGUGAUUGUACAAAAUAAAUGUUCUUAAGGAAACAACUUAUGUAACAUUUGCUACCUUUACUUAAACAUAAAUAAAUCCCAUUGAAAAGAUAAAAGUUAUUUUCUUCUUGUUUCUUUUUUAAUGUAUAAAAAUUAGGAAAAAUUUUGUUCUAGGCUAAUAGCUUUUUCACUCAUCCAUUAAGGCAUUACCAUUACAAUUUGACUAUGUAGCUCUGACUAAUUUUUCUUGUAAAGAGCCAUGCUAUGUAGGAUAUGUAGACAACAUCCAGGAAAGUAAAUACAUUUAAUAUUUUUAUUGAAAAAAGAUAAUCUUACUAAGAUAUAUGCUAUUUGCUUUAUUAAAAAUGCUACUUGAUAAUGUAAGUUUUGCCUAAUAAAGGCAAAUAAAAUUACCUUUGCAAAA